GCCCAUGGAAAAACAACCUGGACAUCAUGUUCGGCAAAAUAUCUGCGCUACACGCAAGGCAUAUAGAGAAGGGAGGCGUGACACGGCAAUCAAGGUAUAUACCGUUCAUCAAGAGUCCAAAUACCUGUUGGUACAGGGCAUCCCAGCGGUCGGAGCAAGUCGGGAGCUGAUCAAGUUAUUUGCUUUAUACGGAGCCAUUGACGAGUAUCGAAUACUUGAUGAGUACCCUGCAGCCGAUCAAUUCACUGAAGUUUACUGGGUGAAGUUUCAGAAGAUUCAGGCAGCCAGGGUUGCCAAGAGAAAAAUGGAUGAUUUUUCCUUCUUUGGUGGUGUCCUGCAUGUGUGUUAUGCUCCGGAAUAUGAGACAGUCGAAGAAUGCAGGCAGAAGCUGUUGGAUCGGAGAAAAGCAGUUGCAGCAAGAAUACGAAAACUCAAGGAAGAAGAUGAAGAAGAACAGGAGAUAUUGCCAGACGCCCAAUCGACGUCCAACGAAAUGGAAACUGCUAGCUUUGCCAUUUCUAUAAAGUCUGAUUCUCAGAUUGUGGAUGUCUCUACCUGUAGAUCAUCAAAUACUUCACAUACUCCUACUACAACCAAUUCUCAUGCACAAUUUCAGCAUCAAAUUCGUGGUGAAAAUACUCAUGAUAACACUAAUACUCAUGAUAACAGAAACACUGGUGGAUUUGGACAUCCCUGGGGUGGUCCACAUCACCAGAACUACCAAGGUUACAACCAUCCAGUGCCACAGCAUCCCUUGGCAAAUCCAUACACAACUCCGGUUUGGCACAGUCAAGGUCAAAGGUCACAGUUUGACCAUGCUCGGGUUCCGUCAGCUCAUGCAACACUACCUCUUGGGUUUAAUCCUUACCCAGAAUCCUCAGCAUUGCAUAACAAUUACCAUAACCGAUUGGUGGAAAAAUCUAAUUCUGAACGUGUGUCGGAGAAUUCUAAGGAGAAAAAGUCUGAAGCAAAUGUAAUGAGGAAUGAAAGGAUUGUCAAUGGGGUUGUUGUGCGAGACUAUGACAAAAAAGUGAAGCAGGCUCCAAAAUUUAUACCCCGUCAGACAGUAACUAAAAAACGGAAUGUGAAUAUGGACACGGAUGGGGUUACAGUUCCCGUGAAGAAGUCUAAAAUAAACUUUGUAUCAGAUGGCACAGAUGUCAGCAAAAAUUCCAAGGAGGUUUCUGUUGUAAAGAGAGAUAAACUUGAUGAGGAAUUGAAACGGAAUGCGUUUGUGCUUGGGCCGGUGGCAGGACCUUGUGGAGUACCUCCUGAUGUAAAGCUGAUGAAAACUGUCAAGUUGAGCGAGGAAGCUUCAAUAGAGAAAACUCGAGCAGAGAUCAGAGAGAAAUUGAAAAAGUUCUCUGCCAUUGCCAUUCCAAGACAAGUGCUCAAAAAGAAAUCAACAAAGGAUGGAAGAAAGUUUGUUCAAGGGUCAGGCAAACCUGCUGCCAGAGGAAAAGGACCAUAGGAUCAUUCAGAAAGGGCUUAAAAAACAUUGUUUUGACUGAUAAUAUGAUGGAUUGAAUAAAAAAAAAAAGAUGACACUGGGUAAUUGUUCUUAAGUUCCAGAUUGGUUGUGAUUGAAAUUUCUUCCAUUCUUGGAAACAGAUUUGUUGUAGUCUCUCCCUUCUAUAGAAUCCCUCAAUUGAUCAUCGGAUAGGCAUCUUUGAUCCACAUCCU